UCUCUUUCUUUCCUUCUUUCACCCCCAAUCUCUUUCCUCAUUCUUCAAUCAACUCUUCACCUUAGGUGCUUCUCCACAUUUGUUCCUUACAGUAGGUGGUAGACGGGGCUUCUUCAAGGAUCACAUCUUCUUCAACCUACCACCAAUUAAACCAAAUAUGUCUAAAUCUUUCGUAGCAAAACCCAAUUUUGCUUUAGAGUUUCCAUUGUAUAAGAUAUAAUAAAUAUGUGGUUUCAUGAUCUGGGUAUUCUGUAGAAAGUAAUCACAGAAGGUGGGAAAUGAUGAUUUCGAAAUUGGGUUCAACCCAGAAGAUACCGUUGAUGCUGCUUCUGUUUUUGGCUUGUCCAGUUAAGUAAUCUGAAGCUAGCAUUCGAGAAUGAAACAAUUGAACAGGGGAGUUGCAGAGAAGCAGCAUUUGCAUCACUGAGAAGUUAAAGAAGAAGAGAAAUUAGAUUAAAAAAAUAUAUAUGGCAUCUUUAUCACCGAAUCAACAAAAGAAGGCUUCAAGGAGCCCCAGGAGUUCAGACCCACAGACCAACAGAAGCUCAAGUGGGCAAACAGUGAAAUUUGCGAGAAGAACUUCAAGCGGACGUUAUGUGAGUCUUUCUAGGGAAGACCUAGACAUGUCCGGGGAGAUUAGCGGCGAUUACAUGAACUACACGGUUCACAUUCCUCCUACACCAGACAACCAGCCGAUGGACUCGACGGGGGUAGCAACGAAAGCAGAAGAACAGUACGUAGCGAAUUCUCUCUUCACGGGAGGAUUUAACAGUGUCACCCGUGCUCAUCUCAUGGAUAAGGUUAUCGACUCCGAGGUGACUCACCCUCAGAUGGCUGGAUCCAAAGGCUCUGCUUGUGCCAUGCCCGUUUGCGAUGGCAAGACCAUGAAAAACGAGAGGGGACAAGAUAUCACCCCUUGCGAAUGCAGGUUCAAAAUUUGCAGAGACUGCUUCAUGGAUGCACAGAAAGGGUCGGGGUUAUGCCCAGGGUGCAAGGAACCAUACAAGAUAGGGGACUACGACGACGACCCAACAGAUAUGUCGAGCGGAAGGUUGCCAUUGCCCGGUCUGGAGGACUCAAAGACGGAUCGUCGCAUGUCGAUGAUGAAGUCCAACAACAACAAAUCUAUGCUACUGAGGUCCCAAACAGGGGAGUUCGAUCACAACCGAUGGCUAUUCGAGACAAAGGGAACUUACGGCUAUGGCAAUGCCUUCUGGCCCCAAGAUGACAUGUACGGCGACGACGAUGGUGAUGGAGGUCUCCAAGGAGGAAUGGUGGAAACGGCAGACAAGCCCUGGAGGCCCCUCAGUCGAGUGAUCCCCAUGCCUGCUGGUAUCAUUAGCCCUUACAGGUUGCUUAUUGCGCUCAGGUUGGUGAUACUCGUUUUCUUCCUCAUAUGGCGUAUCCAGCACCCGAACGAGGAUGCCAUGUGGCUGUGGCUGAUUUCAGUGGUAUGUGAAGUGUGGUUCGCAUUCUCAUGGAUUCUUGACCAGAUUCCCAAGCUCUGCCCCGUCAACCGCUCCGUCGAUCUUGCAGUGUUGAGGGACAAGUUUGAUAUGCCUACUCCUUCUAAUCCCACCGGAAGGUCUGACCUCCCCGGCCUCGAUAUGUUCGUGUCUACGGCAGACCCAGAGAAAGAGCCACCUCUCGUUACUGCCAAUACCAUCCUCUCCAUUCUCGCCGUCGAUUAUCCAGUAGAGAAACUCGCCUGCUAUAUCUCCGACGACGGUGGGGCUUUGCUUACGUUCGAGGCCAUGGCGGAAGCUUGCAGCUUCGCUGACUUGUGGGUCCCCUUCUGUCGGAAACACGACAUCGAACCCAGGAACCCGGAUAGCUACUUCGCCAUCAAAGGGGACCCCACCAAGAAUAAGAGACGGUCAGAUUUCGUUAAGGACAGGAGGAGGAUCAAGAGGGAGUACGAUGAGUUUAAGGUCAGAGUCAACGGUCUUCCAGAUUCCAUCCGUAGGAGAUCAGACGCCUUCAAUGCAAGAGAGGAGAUGAAGAUGUUGAAGCAUAUGAGGGAGAGUGGUGGGGACCCGUUAGAACCCGUUAAAAUCCAGAAGGCCACGUGGAUGGCUGAUGGGACCCACUGGCCUGGCACUUGGGCCGCUAGUAGCCGCGAUCAUGCCAAAGGAGACCACGCUGGUAUACUCCAGGUGAUGUUGAAGCCUCCGAGUUCAGAUCCUUUGAUGGGAUGUGCGGAAGAGAAGAUCAUAGAUUUCACGGACGUGGACAUAAGGCUACCCAUGUUUGUGUACAUGUCACGUGAGAAACGUCCGGGUUACGACCACAACAAGAAGGCGGGUGCCAUGAACGCUCUAGUACGUGCCUCUGCCGUCCUCUCCAAUGGCUCUUUCAUUCUAAACCUCGACUGUGAUCACUAUAUCUACAACUGCAAAGCCAUUAGAGAAGGUCUCUGCUUCAUGAUGGAUCGAGGUGGUGAAGAUAUCUGCUACAUUCAAUUCCCCCAACGUUUCGAAGGCAUUGAUCCAUCGGAUCGUUACGCCAACAACAACACCGUCUUCUUCGACGGUAACAUGAGAGCAUUAGAUGGAUUGCAAGGCCCGUUUUACGUGGGUACGGGUUGUAUGUUCAGGCGGUUCGCGUUAUACGGGUUCGAUCCACCAAAUGUGAACAAAAUAGUAAAGAACGGAGCAGAGCAAGAGACCCAUGCAUUGAAACCCACGGAUUUCGACCCGGACCUGGAUGUAAAUAUGCUCCCUAAGCGUUUCGGCAAUUCUACUAUUCUAGCGGAGUCUAUACCCAUCUGUGAGUUUCAAGGUCGCCCAUUGGCUGAUCACCCUGCCAUCAAAUACGGUAGGCCACCUGGUAUUCUCACAGUUCCACGUGAGCCAUUAGAUGCUACCACCGUGGCAGAAGCCGUCUCCGUCGUCUCCUGUUGGUAUGAGGACAAGACCGAGUGGGGAGACCGAGUUGGAUGGAUCUAUGGAUCGGUGACGGAAGAUGUUGUGACCGGCUACCGGAUGCACAACCGUGGGUGGCGCUCUGUUUACUGCAUCACGAAACGUGAUGCGUUCCGAGGAACGGCACCGAUUAACCUGACAGAUCGGUUGCAUCAGGUGUUGAGGUGGGCCACCGGGUCAGUGGAGAUCUUCUUCUCCAGAAACAAUGCCCUAUUGGCCACCAGGAAGGUGAAGUUUCUGCAACGCUUGUCCUACAUCAAUGUCGGUGUCUACCCCUUCACUUCAAUCUUCCUCCUCGUCUACUGCUUCCUUCCAGCACUAUCCCUCUUCUCAGGGCACUUUAUUGUACGGACAUUGAGUGUAACUUUCCUCAUCUACCUUCUCGUCACCACUCUUUGCCUCAUCGGCGCCGCCAUUCUGGAGGUUAGGUGGUCAGGAAUUGGUCUAGAGGAGUGGUGGAGGAACGAGCAGUUUUGGCUCAUUUCUGGCACUAGUGCUCACUUGGCCGCCGUCUUUCAAGGGCUUCUCAAGGUUAUUGCAGGGAUCGAGAUCUCCUUCACGCUUACUUCCAAGUCGGCCGGAGAUGAAAAUGAAGACAUCUAUGCUGACCUCUACCUAGUCAAGUGGACUUCUUUGAUGAUUCCUCCCAUUGUUAUCGCCAUGGUCAAUAUAAUUGCCAUUGCUACUGCGUUUGCUAGGACGGUUUACAGUUCAAGCCCUCAAUGGAACAAGUUCAUUGGAGGAGCUUUCUUUAGCUUGUGGGUGUUGACUCAUCUCUAUCCAUUUGCUAAGGGACUGAUGGGUAGGGGAGGGAAGACCCCCACCAUUGUUUUUGUGUGGUCGGGUCUCAUUGCCAUUACCUUGUCUUUGCUCUGGAUUGCAGUUAACCCACCAAAAGCCGCUACUACUGCAUCUGCACAAGCUUCAUCGUUUCAGUUCCCCUGAUGAGUUGUGAUCUAUGAAUGAAACAUGAAACAAACAGAGCAAGGAUGGCUUCAAGCAUUAGGGAAUUCGAGGGUAGAGUUUCUCCAUUUCUUUUUAUCUUUUUUUUUUCUUGACAUUAGAGAGUUUUUCCAAGUUUUGAGGAGUGGGCUUUGUGCGAUGUGAUUAAUGAGGAAUUCUUUUUCCUCUUCCUCCUAUAAGGCUCUAUAUGGAUCAUUGUUUCCGAAGAAGAUUUCACGGAAGGUGUGGAGAGGGGUACGUGGGCUUCUCCCGUCGCUAGAUUUCUUAAUAGUAGCUGGAACAUCUGGCUGAUCAUAUGAUGGGUUGCUGAAAAGUUUGAAACGCAGGAGAGAUGCAGAGAAAAUUUGUGCAUUUGUGGUAUCUGACUAAAUUUGUAAUUUUGUUUUUUCUGAUGAAAAGAGAUGAUUCAAUUUGUAA